AGGAAUAUAUUAAACCUGUCUCUAAUAGAACCAUGGGAAUAAUUACUUUUCCAUAUGGGGAUUAAGGGUGAAACAUCAAGUUAACACAUCCCAAGGAGCAUAUUUAACGUGUGUCUGAUGGAAUCUCCAGUAUAAUUAUUUUUCUAUAUUAAGAUUAUGGGUGGAAUAUCAAGUUUUUACAUGUCAAGGAAGAUAUUUAACCUGUUUCCGAUAUAAACAUGGAUAUAAAAUAGACAAUUUAUUCCAUACUUACCAGAUAAAGGCUGUGGCAGCACUACAGAUGAGUAUAGCUCCCUCCUUCUCAUGAAUUAGCACCUCCUAAUUUGACAUUUAAAAUAGACUUCAUCUCCUACAUUCUGAGUCUUUUUACCUGUCCACUUAAUUUGGACAAUGAUUUGCACCUCCUCUUUUUAUUUGGUGGCUUACUUGGGUAUAAGCAUACCCCUAGAAAAUGGGGUAAGUUCAAAGAUCUCCGUGUUCACUCCACAAGAACUUUGGCUUCUUCGUAAGCAGCUGCAGCCAAUGUCUCUUCUGACUUAAUUUGUUCUGCUGCAGCUUGGAUGUCCUUUGAUACUUUUAUACGUCAUUACCGGUUGCAUGUAGCCAGAUCUGCUAGUCUGUGUUUGGCAGAAGUGUUUUUCCAGCUGCAUUAUAACUAAUAAUAAAUAUUUUCUUUUUUGCAUCAUAAUUUUUCUCCCUCUCUUAUGUCUUUAGCUUGGGUAUUACCCAUCUGUAGUGCUGCAUGGUUAUAUCUGGGAAAACAGAAAAUGUAUUCCAUACUUAUCACAGGUUUCCCCCCCCCUGGAUAUAGGCCAUGAGGCACUACACGCCCACCCUUACUUUGUUUCUUGUUUGUGGUUUUGGACUAAAACUGAGUAUGUAGGAGGAGUCUCUUUUUAUUGUUUAAUUAGGAGGUGUUCCUGUCCAAUUCGGGGGGGGGGGAGGAGCUAUACCCAUCUGUAAUGCUGCCAUGGCCUAGAUCCGGAAAAAAGAAAAUAUCGUAGGUGUCACUAGGAUUCAAAGACCAUCUCACAACCUCUAAUAAUGCACAAGAAAAGAAAUCACAUUACUGAACAGGUAUUGAGCCUCACCUUGGAGAUAAUCUAUCUGCUGACCGGAGAGAAUUACAAUGUUGUUAAGGAGAUUGGUGAUGGAGCCAUUCACAGCAGGAAUCACCAUGUAUCAGAUAGACAUUUCAGGACCCAGAGCCCCAGCACGGUGCCUCCACCUCACUCACUGAUACAUGAGAAGAAGAUCCUGGAACUGACCAAUCAGAUCAUCCAGCUGCUGACUGGAGAGGUUCCUAUAAGGUGUGAGGAUGUCACUGUCUAUUUCUCCAUGGAGGAGUGGGAGUAUUUAGAAGGACACAAGGAUCUCUACAAGAAUGUGAUGAUGGAGAACCACCAGCUCCUGAAUUCAUUUGGUUGGUCAAUGAGCAGAAAUGCACCUGAAGAUCCAUACAGUUCUGUAAGUUCGCCAUAUUUAGGAAGACAUUUAAAAAGUGACUUUAUAAAUCAAGUGGAUGAACAAUAUCUGAGUUGUAAUACUUCAGGGACAAGACUUACCCGGGUGGUGAGAGAUCAUCAAGAAGACUAUGUCUCGAGUGAAGAAGGAAAUCUCACAGACACAGAUUCUUAUAUACCACCAAAACAUGCUCAUACAGAAUACACAUCAACUUCAAUGAAGGAGGAAUCCGCUUCAAGUGAAGAACAAAAUCUCAUAGACACUGAUCAUUAUACAUACACAGAACAUGCCCAGACAAAAUAUGCCAUAAAGGAAGAAUUAGCCGCAAAUAAUGACAGACAUCUCACAGACAUUAAUACAGUCACAGAACGUAUAAGGGCAGACUAUGUGUUUACUCAUAUUAAGGAAGAAUCAGUCUCAUGUGAAAAAGGAAAUACAGACAUUGAUAUAUCUACAGAAUACACACAUACAGAAUAUAUGUCUACUCAUACAAAUGAGAAGUUAGCUUCCUGUGAAAAACAAAAUUGCGCAGACGCUGACAUUGACAUGCCUACAGAACAUGCACAGAUAGUAUAUCCAUUUAGUCAUGUUAAGGAACCAUCUGCUUCAGGUGAAGAAGGGAAUCAUGUAGACAGUAAUGUACCCAUAGAAUACACACCUUCAGAAUGUUCAUAUUUCCAAAAUAGAGGACACAAUGGAGGGGACAGUAAUGGACUGGACCUAAUUAAGAGCUUGUUAGUCAAUGGUAGAGAUGUUUAUAUGCGACAGAACACCACAUCUGAAUAUAUAUCUGUACAAACAAAUAACGUUAUAGAGCAGACGUAUAAAUGUGUUGAGUGCCAGAAAUGUUUUACUUGUCAGUUUGACCUAGUCAAACAUCAAACCACUCACAAAGGAAAGAAGGUGACUUGUUCAGAAUGUGGGAAACGAUUCUUGCAUAAAUCAGAAUUGAUUCAGCAUCGGAAGAGUCAUACAGGUGACAAUCCAUACCCAUGUUCUAGCUGUGAGAAAUCUUUUCCUGAUAGCUCCCAACUUGAGAGGCAUCAGACAGUGCACAAAGGUGAGGACCCCUUUACGUGCUCUGAAUGUGGCCGAAGUUUUACAAGUAGAGGAAACCUAGUCCGGCAUAAGAAAAGGCAUACCGGAGAAAAGCCAUUCCCCUGUUCUGUGUGUGGGAAAUGUUUUAUUGAUUACUCAACCCUUGUUAGGCAUCAUAGGAUUCACACAGGAGUGGCACCAUUUUCCUGCUCUGAAUGUGGAAAAUGCUUUACCAGCAAAUCAAAUCUUGUUACACAUCAGAGGAUUCACACAGGAGAGAGACUUUUCACCUGUUCUGUGUGUGGGAAAUGUUUUACCCGUGAAGGCCAUCUUGUUAGGCACAUGAGAAUUCAUACAGGAGAUAAGCCUUUCGCAUGUUCUAUAUGCGGAAAACGUUUUGCCAGCAGUCCACGUCUUUCUGUCCAUCAAAGAAUUCACUCAGGGGAGAAACCAUUUUCCUGUUCUCAAUGUGGGAACCGUUUUUCUGAUUACUCAAGCCUUGUUAGACACCAUAGGAUUCACACAGGUGAUAAACCAUUCUCAUGUUCUGACUGUGGGAAAUGUUUUACUAGUAAAUCAAAUCUUGUUAAGCAUCACAGAACACACACAGGAGAGAGACCGUUCUCAUGUUGUGUAUGUGGGAAAUGUUUUAGUGACAAAUCGAGUCUUUUGAAACAUCAGAUGAUACACACGGGAGAGAAGCCAUUCUCAUGUUCUGAAUGUGGAAAAUGUUUUACUAGUAAAUCAAAUCUUGUGGCACAUCAAAGGAUACACACAGGAAGCAAACCAUUCCAGUGCUCUGACUGUGGCAAAUGUUUCAGUGACAAAUCUAUACUUCUUAAACAUCAGAGGACUCACACAGGAGAGAAACCAUUCUCAUGUUCUGAAUGUGGGAAGUGUUUCACCAGUAAAUCCAAUCUUGUCACCCAUCACAGAAUUCACACAGGAGAAAGACCCUACACCUGCUCUGACUGUGGAAGGUGUUUCAAAGAGAAAUCAAGUCUGAUUAAACAUCAGAAAAUUCACAUAGGAAGCAAUCCAAUUUCUGCACUCUGAAGUUGUAAUAUGUAUAUUUUGAGAUGCAAUUUAAACAAGCGCCAUACAGUUCAGGUUCUUAUGGAUUUUUGACUUGAAACAAGCAAGUAAUUUAAGUGUUUUUUAAAGGGACAGUCUAAAUCACCUCCAGUGCUCUGUCUUCAUAAUUCAUGUUGGACAGAAUUUAUAUUAGUAAUGUAGUAGUGUAAAUUCUGCAAUUGCCAACAUGGCUGGAGAGUAGGUGGUCUAUAGGUUUUGGUAAAAUAACAUGAGAUGGUGCCUUUAGACUCUUUGCAUCUUAACCAUUACACCGAGCAGUGC